GAAGGGGUGUUCAGUGACGCGCGCUGCUCGACCAAAAAAUCCCAUUCGACGAAGGACGAUGCCGUAAUUUCCCAAGGGGCUCAUCCACCCAAAUUCAGACCCGAAGGCAUCCAUCCAUCCUCCUUCAUCAUCCUCAUCCUGCAGACUCAUCCUCCAUACCAUGUUCAGAGCGUCAAGAGUCGCCCUGGCGGCAGCCAUCAAACCUAUGAAAGCCUCUACAGGCAUCACUGGUCUUCAUGCCGUUGUGGACCCUCUCCCGACUCUCAAACAGCACUAUCAACAUACUCUCAAUCUCCUCGCCUCAUUACCAAACACCAGUGUCUAUCGACAAGCGACGGAAGCGACCACGAAGCAUAAGAUGUCCAUCAUUGAUAAAGCCAAUGGAGACGUCAAGGCUGUCGAAAAGGAAUUGGGGGAAAUGGCAGAACAAUCCAUCCAAGUCGCAAAAGAUGAACUGAAGCUGGCUGCGAAGAUGUUGGAAUGGAAACCAUGGGAAAAGCUGGAAGAAGAAGCACCUCCUCAUCAGUGGAGAUACUUUGACCCAGGUUCAGAUGAGGCCGAUGUACCUUCACAGCAUUGAUCAAAAUCGAAUCUUGGAAUGGAAAGAUGUAUAACGUUGGAAAAGCGGGCCAGAUCUAUGCGAGAUGACCAUCGGAGAGAGUGUACACGCUCUGCUUAUCCCUCGAUAUUGAGGUCGACGGCUCUGCAUCGUCUCGACUCUAAUCGUCGCAGGCU